AUGACCGAAAUGAAAGAGAUGCAGGCAGAUGAUAGCUCCGAGUUUACAGCAGCGCCUCUAGAGGAAAAUAUCUUUGAGUGGCACUUCACGCUGAGGGGACCUGUCGAUUCGCCCUUCGCGGAGGGUCUAUACCACGGAAAAAUCCUGCUACCUACGGAUUAUCCAUUCCGACCACCGCAUAUCGUGUUUCUUACACCCAACGGCCGAUGGAAGGUUGACACCAAAGUCUGCAUUUCCUUCACUGGUUUUCAUGAGGAGAGUUGGCAGCCUGCAUGGGGCAUCCGAACAGCCCUCCUGGGUGUACAAGCCCUCAUGGUAUCAAGAGGCGAUGAGGCUGGUGCAGGGGCCUUAUCGAAAUCGGACGAAGAUCGCGAGGCACUCGCGAAACAGUACGUAUGCGUCGCCUGA